AUGUAUAGUGUAUUUAACACACCUCAAAAGCGCAAUGGCGCAACAUCAUCCAAAGCAACCCCAUCCAGAGCGACACCAUCCAAAGCACCAUCAUUCAAAGCAACACCAACAAAGGUUGCUCUGAAUGGACUCUUUUCUGAUGGCAACUGGCAGUUACUACCCGCCGUAAGGUUCCAAGUCAAGAAAGAAGGAGCAAAUAAAGGUCGAUGGUUCUACACAUGUCAAGAACCAAAAGAUUCCAGCUGUGGAUUCUUCUUAUGGGACGAUAAAGCUAAAGUAAGGGAGAUGGGCGCAGUUCUGAAUAGCACAAGAACGGAGCCUCAUACACCCGAAUCGCGCUCACCAGUGACUCCAUCGAGAGAUAAAAGAACGUUGGAAGGGCAUGCGAUUGCGAGUAAUAAAUGGCUGGAAGAUAUUGGGAAGAAGGAACACGAUGAGUUUGGGGCAUGGCCUUUAACUCGAGAGGAUGAGGAGAAAGUGGUCAAGACUGUUGAGAGAACAGACCCUGGAAGCUUUCCAGAGACUCCAAGAAAGGGGAAGAUGGAUGGCAAGACAACAACACCCGGAAGUAAAAGAAAGCGGGGCGAAGGAGAAAGUAAUGGUGCUAAUAUGUAUCCUACGCCUACGACAAAAGGUACACGGGACGAAGACAUUUUUGGUACUCCUUCUACAAGCCGCAAAAGAAUAAAUGGUGGGAUGUGGGGUGGGAAUGAACGAUCUGUAUUAUUUAGUCCUGCAGAGACACCUUCUCCUAUGAGAUUCAAAGAUGCUACGAAAGGUCCACCUCCCAAGUUCAUGGCUUCCCCUUCAAACGGCAGCACAGGGGAUUCGCCGCAAAAUUACGACAUGACGGAAGACAUUAUGAAUCUUCUCAAGGAUCAACAUAUCGACGAUGAAGUCUCCGCUCGACUGCGUCAAAUGCUAGCCAGACAUGCACUAAAAAUAUCGGGUAUCGUGAAAGGUCGUGACAUCACACGCGUAGCUCUUAAAACCAAAGAUACAAAGAUUGCAGAGCUUCAACAAAAGAUUACCCAACUUGAAUAUAAGCACGAUAUGGAUGAAGCAAUCAUCAAGCGUCUCAGGGCUCAGAAUGCUGGCUAG